CCAUUGCUGGUAUAGCAUUAGAUUUGGGUGAGGAUAUGUGUACAAUUAUAUCUUUAAAUGAGGAUAAUUUUAAAAUUUUAAACAUAAAAUUUCGGCAAAAAUUAAAAAAAGUGAUUUUUAACUGCAAAAGUCGCCGCUUUGCCUGCGGAAUUCAGAUUGAAUAGUGCAAACCAUGGUUGUUUAUUGCACAAGGAGUGUAUGAUUUUGACUGGGACUGGGUUAUCCGUGUUGGUAACGAUAUCGAAGCUUUUCUUCUUUGACAAGAGAGAGUGGCAACAGCUCCCUUUGACAAGAAAUAAACUCGACUAUAUAGGGACGGACUUUCGUUUUGUGGAUUACUUGGUAAGAAUACAGAUGCAGCAUUAACCACCACUAUCUCCUUCCACCAAAUCAAAGCACAACGAAUCAACUAAUCAUGUUCACAAUCAGAUCGCAACCACCCUUCACCACCCACUUUCUCCUCAUCUUCAUUGUCGCGUUACUGGGUCCCAUCCUAGGCCCAGCCCUCGCCAGAAGACCCCACGUCAUAACCUUCCGGUCGACGAACCUCUACCCUGAGGGGCUAGCCUGGGACCCUUCAGCUGAACAUUUCCUCGUUGGCUCUCUCCAUCACCGAAAGAUCCUCUCUGUCUCCGACGCUGGCGUCGUUCAGACUCUGGUUUCCGACCCAGGCCUCCCUGAGAAUACCACCAUAUUGGGCCUCGCUGUCGACUCCCUCAACCGCCGUCUCCUCGCAGUUGUCCAGUCCAUUGCUCCGCUCCCUCCCUUCAACGCCCUUGCCGCCUACGAUCUCCGCAGCGGCAACCGCAUCUUUCUAUCCCUUUUGCCCUCCCUCCGCGAGGACGAUGGCGCCACCCACGAGGGUGCAAACGACGUUGCGUUGGAUUUUAAGGGCAACGCCUACGUGACGAAUUCAGCCGGGAAUUUCAUUUGGAAGGUCGACGCGAGAGGCGAUGCGUCUAUCUUCUCAAGAUCUCCGCUUUUCACGAAAAAUCCGUUAGCCGUUGACCCGAAUGCGUCCUUUAGCGGGUGCGGGCUAAACGGGAUUGCUUACGUAAGCAAAGGGUACCUGCUGGUGGUGCAAAGCAACACGGGGAAGAUGUUUAAGGUGGACGCAGAGGACGGGACGGCGAGGGAAGUGCUGCUGCCGGAGAAACUGGUCUGGGCCGACGGGGUAGCGGUGAGAAGAGACGGUACCGUUUUGGUGGUCUCACAACAGACGCUUUGGUUCCUGAAGAGCCAAGACAGCUGGGGAGAGGGGGUGGUGUACGACAAGAAAGAGCUUGAUAUGGAGGGGACUGCUACGUCUGUGGUGACGGGAGGGGAAAACAGGGUAUACGUGUUAUAUGGUUAUGUGCUGGAGGGAAUUAAAGAGGUGGGAAGAGAAGAGUUCAGAAUAGAGGAGGUGAGAUCUGAGAAGGACAGUGGUGAGGAAAAGGUGUGGGUAUAUCUGCUGAUUGGAUUUGGGUUCGCUUAUUUUUUGAUUUGGAGGUUUCAGAUGAGGCAGCUUGUGUCAAACAUGGACAAAAAGACCAAUUAAGUAGCCUCUCGUGUUAUCUUCCCAUCUUUCCCCCUUAAUUUUCAAGUUUUUAGGCUUAUUUAUAUAUGUAUUCUUUUUUGCCAUCAGUUAAGCAAGAUGGAUUUCCUUUCCAGAUUUAUAAAUAGCAAUUGUGUUUA